AGCUGUCCCAGUCCCAGUCCCACUUCCCAGUUCUUCGUCCGUGUGUGUGUAUGUGGAUCAUCGUGCAGCAAGAGCUUCUGGCCUCAGGGGUCCCUUCAUUGGCAGUACGACAUUGUCAGUGGGUACCAUUCGACGUGGAACGCAUCGAAUGCCGAUCGCCAGCUUCGUGUCGCGUCGCGUUUGCCAGAGCGAGAGCUUUCACAGCCAUCGAGUGAGUGCCAGAGCGGGAAAGCGAGAGCGCAUGCGCAUCUGCAUCUGCAUUGGUCAUAGUAACGGACAGGCGAACAGGCGGACACUCAGACAGCGGACAGCAGACAGCGGAAAGCGGACAGAUUGUUUUAGCUGAUUGCGAGUGGCAGCGUUUUUAUGGCUUAUUGAAAUCGGCAAACGGCAGUCAAAAAGCGCGCGCUCCGCAGCCCACAACUCGGAGAGACCACCUCCCACUCGAGACCGUAAACUGUUAACCGUAAACCAUCGACCGUAAAUCCAGACUCUUUCGGCACCGAUAGAGUUGGCAAAAAUGUAGCUCUCGAUCGAAGUGCAAUUGAAUAAUAAAUCAAAGUUCGCGCCACAGCUUAAUGGUUGUACGAGUACACACAAAUUAUAAAGUGAUCGUGCAUUAAAAACCGAUCGACAACCACAUACAAUACGUGCAUAUGUAUAGGCCACUCCAGGCACAUCAGCAUUUACCCCCAAGCCCCCACAUCGGCUGUCAUCGCGAAGUGCAAAUAAUUAACCGUCGCGAGCUUACAAAAUUAAUUCAUUAAAUGUGCCACUGACUACACAAUUUUUUUGCAAUUAUUUUAUCGUUUCUGUUUCCUUUCGGCUGAGUUUUGGUUUUGUUCCGAUUAUCCUCCUGGCGGCAGGCAGCACGCGAGAGCCCCCUAACAAUAAUUAUGAGCAAUUAUAAUCCGAAUUGCGGUUACUUCGAGGAUUGCAGCUACUACACGAACAAUGUGUACCAACAGGAUUAUUGCAUGCAGCCGGAUUACGAGUACAACAAGCAUGUAUACGAUUUGUUUGAUGCCAAAGUGCCGUCGUCGCAGCGCUCCGGCUUCCAUAUAUCGGACAUCCUCAACCUGGAUGGCUCCGAUCUGAAGAAUGCCGCCGCCGCUGCUGCUGCCGCUGCUGCUGCCCAGCACAGCAGCGAGCUGAGCCACGCGGCGGAAGCCAGCAAUGGCCAUGGCCCAGCAACGCUCUCGCCGACGCCCACCAGUGCGGCGGCGCUGGAGGAGCAUGGCGCUGGGUCCGGACACGGCGAGCACCACACCACAGAGCACCAUCCCCAGCAGCCGCACCACCCGCCGCAGCAUCCGCAUCACCAUCAGCCGCAUCCCCAGCACCACCAGCAACAGCAUCCGCAUCCGCAUCCGAAUCCGCAUCCGCAGCACCACCAGCAAACGAUAGCCCCACCCUUGCCACUGUCGCACCACCAGAGCAGUGCGGCUGCUGCUGCUGCUGCCGCCGCCAGUGCGGGAGUUGCAUCCGAUCACCACGUGGGCGCCCACGCCCAUGCCGCCGCCCACCUGCUGGCCAGUCACAAUGCGGCGGCCGCCGCUGCCGUUGCCGCCGGGCAGUAUCUGCCCAAGAAUUUCGCAGGCACCUUCGGGGACGAGAUGUCCUCCUACCACCACAUGGCCCAGACAAUGCUCCAACACUCGGGACGUAGCGCGUGGAUCAAAGAAAACGAAUUAUACGGCACACAGCAGCCGGCCAGUCCUGAUAGCACCUCGCCGGUCACAUCGGAGGUCUCCUACACGUACAUCGGCUCCAAUUGCCAAACCUCGCCCGCCCUCUCCGGCGACUACAAGAACUACAGUCGGUCGGCGGACAGUGAUGCCCUCUCGGUGGGCGAUGCCAUGCACAGCAUCCAUGGCGGUGCCAAUUCUGGUGGACCCUCGGCGGCACAUGCCCUACACAACAACAAUAACAACAACAACAACAAUAGCACCAGCAACAACAACAACAACAAUCACAGCCUGAAACACGAUCACCCCAUCAAUGGAGCUGGUGGCGGAGGCGGAGGAGCAAGCAGCGGGCACGAUGACAGCCUCAACGAGGAUGGCAUCGAGGAGGACAUCGACGAUGUGGACGAUGCGGAUGGCAGCGGUGGCGGCGGCAGUGGCGGCCUCAAUAGCGACGGACUGCCCAACAAGAAGCGCAAGCGCCGCGUGCUCUUCACCAAGGCGCAGACCUACGAGCUGGAGCGACGAUUCCGACAGCAGCGAUACCUGAGCGCACCGGAGCGCGAGCAUCUGGCCAGCCUCAUUCGUCUGACGCCGACGCAGGUGAAGAUCUGGUUCCAGAAUCACCGCUACAAGACGAAGCGGGCACAGAACGAAAAGGGAUACGAGCAUCCGGGGCUGCUGCAUGGCCACGCCACCCACCCGCACCAUCCGUCGGCCCUGCCAUCGCCAAGGCGCGUCGCCGUGCCCGUGCUGGUGCGCAACGGCAAGCCGUGCCUCGGCGACGGCUCCAAGCUGGCGCCCGACUGUGUCUCCGUGAGCUCAGCGACGGCCACGGCCAUGCAGAAUGCGGCCGCCGCCCACCACCUGGUGGCGCUGAAUGGGGCCGCCUAUCAGCAUGCGGCUGCUGCGGCCGCCGCUGGACUCCAUGCACAUGCCCAUGCCCAUGCGCAGGCCCAUGCCCACGUUCAUCCACAUGCGCAUGCGCAGCGUGCCGCCUGGUGGCCCUAAUACUGCUAGAUACGGAGAGGCUGAGCGAGAGUCAGUGGCAGUGGCAGUGGCAGAGGGUGUGGUAUGGAGGUAUGGAGGACACUCGAAUAGUCGACACUGGAGCUGGGAAUUCGAACAAAACUUUGGUGCAAUAAUGGAACAUAAUGGAACCUUGUCACAGCCGGCUCGCCAGGCCAACCCGCCCCACCCCCCAGAAAAAAGAGAACCGAAUCGAAGAGAAGCGAAGGAGAAGCAGCCAAAAACUAAAUAUGUGGAAAAAGAAGAGCAUAGUCAAAGUAGAAGCCUCUGUCAAUCCUGUACAUAAGUCAGACAAAGGUA